UUCUUGAAAAAUCGACUAAAUUUUAACAUAAUAAAAGAUGUCUAUUGUAGAAGAACUCCAGGAGAAAUUUGACCAGGUAGAUGAGACUAAGUCCCUAGGAGGGGCCAUCAAAACCUACGAGCAGAUCAUCACCUUCGAUGACAACAGUGAAGAAGUUGUCAAGAUCAAGGAGAAGGCUAUUUAUAACCUCGCUAGUAUAUAUUCGGAGAAGAAGUUGGCUGACGAUUUAAUCACUCUUUUGGAAACUAUACUCCCUAUUUUGAAAGAGAUCCCACAGAAGUCGAAGACUGCCAAGAUUGUCAGAACUAUUUUUGACUUUACUACUAAAAUCCCAGGAAACGAAGACAAGUUAAUUGAGAUGUGUGAAAAGAUAGCUGAGUGGUGUGAAGAGAACAAAAGAACCUUCCUCAGGCACAGGAUUCAGACCAAACUUGCAGAAUUGCUCUACAAACAGCAUAAAUAUAAUGACUCAAUCGAGUUAUUGAAUGAUCUGCUUUAUGAAAUGAAGAGACUUGAUGACAAGAACAUGCUCGUUGAAAUCCAGUUGAUUGAGUCUCAGGUAUAUCAUGCCUUGCACAAUAUCCCAAAGUCAAAGGCUGCCCUGACCUCUGUGAAGACAGCAGGUACUUCGAUUUACAUCGCUCCAAUGUUGCAAGCACAGAUUGAUAUGCAGAGCGGAGUUAUUUCAGCAGAAGAGAAGGAUUUCAACACUGGUUACUCAUAUUUCUACGAAAGUUUUGAAGGAUUCAACUCUUUACAAGAUCAAUCAAAUGCUCAGAGAGCAUUGAAAUACAUGCUUAUGUCUAAGAUUAUGAACAAACAGCCAGAGGAUGCUUUGAACAUUCUUAACUCCCAAAUUACUCUCAAGUACCAAGGUUCUCCUCUUGAAUGCAUGAGGGAAAUUGCUAAAGCAGUCAAAGAUCAAAACUUGCUAGCUUUUGAGAAAGCAAAGGAAGAUUUCCAGGAUGAAAUUUUGUCUGAUGCCAAUGUAUUGGCCAUCCAUGUCAAAGACCUAUAUAGCACAUUACUUGAAGAUAACUUGAUGAAGAUUAUUGAACCAUAUAGUGAAGUGCAGCUGGAUUUCAUAGCAGACCAAAUCAAGCUCUCUCUUCCUACAGUUCAAACAACUCUGAGUGGAAUGAUUCUUGACGAGAAAAUUGAGGGUACUCUUGAUCAAGGAAGAGGCUGCCUGGUCAUGUUUGAAGAGCAAGACACUAAUAACAAAAAGUUUGAGCACACUGUAGAUAUUUUCGAUAAGCUGUCUAAUGUUAUCGAUGCAUUUUACGAGAAAACAAAGAAGGUUAAGGAACUAUCUCAAUCUCUGCAGUAA